AUGCCCCGUGCCUUCCUGGUCAGGAGUCGGCGUCCACAGCCAUCCAACUGGGGCCACUUGCCUGACCAGCUCCGGGGAGAUGCCUAUGUCCCAGACUGCAGCAACCAGCAGGGCUCAUCAGCACACCAGUCUUCUGGCCUUGGGGACUCUUGGGCAGCGCCUAUGCAGGGCAGUCUGGCCUCCACUCCCAGGGGCCCUGGGACACUUGGCUGCCCACUCUGCCCCAAGGCCUUCCCUUUGCAGCGCAUGCUGACACGGCACCUCAAGUGCCACAGCCCUGCACGCCGCCACGUGUGCCGCUGCUGUGGCAAGGGCUUUCACGAUGCCUUCGACCUCAAGCGCCACAUGAGGACUCACACUGGGAUCCGGCCAUUCCGCUGUGGAGCUUGCGGGAAAGCAUUUACUCAGCGCUGCUCACUUGAAGCUCAUCUUGCUAAGGUGCACGGGCAGCCAGCCAGCUACGCUUAUCGUGAGCGCCGGGAGAAGCUGCACGUGUGUGAGGACUGUGGCUUCACAUGCUCGCGGCCUGACACCUAUGUGCAGCACCGUGCCCUGCACUGUGUUGAGACUGUGCACCCACACAACACAUGAGAGGC